CCCUCCUACCCAGCGAUCAGUCUGUGAUAGCAGCUCCCGUUCAGGCGAUAUUUGAAUCAGCUGGGCAGUGGAACCUUGAGGAAACAAGUCAUAUUUGUAAAAAGAGCUCCAGGACCAGGGUCGAGAUGGAUGUGUUCAUGAAAGGGUUGUCCAAAGCUAAAGACGGCAUGGCGAUCGCCGCGGAGAAGACUAAGGAGGGAGCUGCGCUGGCGGCGGAAAAGACCAAGGAAGGCGCCAUGUUUAUCGGCACCAAGGCCAAAGAUGGUGUUGGUUCAGCGAAGGACCUUGCUGGUGGAGCCAUGGGGAAUAUCGCUGCAGCCACCGGCCUGGGGAAGAAGGACGAGUUCCCAUCUGACAUGAACCCUGAGGAGUAUGGGCAGGAGGCCAUGGAAGGAGAGACACAAAGAGAUCAUCUGGAAGGAGAGACAUAUGACCAGAACCAGCAGGUAAGAGGGAUAACACACACACACACACAGCCCCAGGACCCGCUUGCUUAG